AUGGAAGAACUAUUAGAACAAUGUAAUUUGGAAGAUCUAAUCCCCGUUUUUAAAGAUACUACAGUCAGUCAGACCCCUCUUUCCCAUUGGGCACUUUGGGCAAGUGCCCAGGGCCCCGGGAUCGACAGGGGCCCCCCUCAGAUCAAAUACAAUGUAGUUAUAAUUUGUCAAGAAACUGAAAAAUUAAUUAGACAAAUGUCAAAUAAAUUUAAAUUAAAAAAUAGUGCCAUGUAUAUAAGUAAUAAAGUAUUGUAUAAUGUACAGUCAAUAUUUUCAAAUUCUGCAAUGAUUGAUCAUAUAAAGAACCAAGAUAUAUUGGACAAUCAUAGAAUUCUUCUGAUUAAAAAAAUUAUUGUUAUAUUUUUAAGCUCCAGACUAAGUUGGGAAGUUGGUAUCAUACAAGAAAAAUUACUGCAAGAAAGAUUGCUGCAAUGA